AUGAGCGGCCCAUUCAAAAGGAGAUCCUCCAUCAAGGCUCUCCCCGCGAUGAGCCUGCCUACUGACUCGAUGAGAAGAGCGUCCAUUCGAAGGGCCUCGGUGGCCGUUGGACAACAGCCAGCCGGCAAAACCGCCGGCCAGCAGGAAGUCCCUUGGGACAUCCUCGACAGGUGUUUGUUGCCCGUUCUGUUUUGCCACGCCGCCGCUGUUAUAGUCAGUAACGCACUGAAUGUGUUACACAUAUGGGACGUAACGACCUUUACCUUAUUCAUUUGGUUCACCAUCGUCACGAUAGGAGCCGUGCUGUUCUAUCACAACUUAAAGGUGACGGCGGCGGGCAAGGCGGUCCUGAUCACGGGCUGCGACUCCAGGAUCGGUAUCGCCCUCGCCCGGCAGCUGGACGAACAGGGCUUCACGGUGUUCGCAGGAUUCCAGAGCGCUGAUAGCUCGACCGCCGAGGAGCUGAAGGAGGUCUGCUCGGGCAGGCUGCACGUCCUGCAGCUGGACGUAGCUUCGGAGAAUCAGAUAUUGGCGGCGUCCCUCUACGCUGUCGAGCAUCUGCCGGACGGCGCUCCGGGACUUUGGGCUGUUGUUCACGCUCAAUCAUGGGUGGCGCUCGGGGAAAUCGAGUGGAUUCCUCCACAGGUAAUUAAAAAGGCAACGGACAUCAAUUUCAUCGGCCCCACGAGGGUAACGCAAAUCAUGCUGCCCUUGGUACGCAGGGCGAAGGGUCGCAUCGUCAUAGUCACCUCUGGCCUCUGCCGCGUAGCCUCACCAGUCAGAGGAAUCCACUGUGGACUUUUAGCUGCCAUGGAAUCCCAGGCCGAAUGUUUGAGGAAAGAGCUUAGAAGUAGAGGUGUGGAUGUGGUUGUGGUAGCUCCAGGUGAAUUGACGGCGGGUUCUUCUUGGUUAUCAGAUCAACAUGUCAUCGAUCAGGCAAAAGAUAUGUGGAAGCAAUUGGGACAAGAGCAGAAGGGCGAGUACAAUGAGAAUUACUUCGAAAACGCUUUGAGGAGUUUGGAAAAAUACACCAAGAAUCAGGAAGUCGACCUGUUCCCUGUGCUGCGGGCCCUCAACGACGCGGUGAUUCGAACGUUCCCUUUGAAAAAAUACACGCCGGUGUCGCGGAAAGAGAAAAUCCAGGUCUUCAUCGCCGAAUAUUUGCCGCGCUCUGUUUACGACGUCAUUUACUCUUAG